AUGCGAGUAGCCCUGGAACCUCUCCUCAGCAGCAGCAGCAGCAGCAGCAGCAGCAGCAGCAGCAGCAGCAACGACAAUAGCGAGCUCAGUGGCAACAGCAGCAACAGCAACAGCAGCAGCAGCAGCAGCAGAAAGAACAGCAGCAGCAGCGACAGCAAGCGCCACAGUGCCUCCGGCGCCACCGCUGCAGCAGCAACAGCAGCAACAGCAGCCACAGCAGCAACAGCAGCAACAGCAGCAACGCAGUCAUCAUCAUCAUCAUCAUCAUCAGCAGCAGCAGCAGCAGCAGCAGCAGCAACAGCAGCAGCAGCAGCAGCAACAGCAGCAGGGGAUAUGGUUGAGCUGCCUACUUACGUGGGAGACGCCGGGAGAGAGACAGACAGCAGCAGCUUCUCUGAAGGAGAAGGAGACCCCACAGUAGCAGCAGCAGCUGCAGCAGCAGCAGCAGCAGCAGGAGCCACAGCAGCAGCAGCAGCAGCAGCAGCAGCAGCAGAAGAGGAAUGCAUAUUCCCCUUCCCCUGCAGCCCCGUGCUGCACCACCACCGGGCCCCGCUGCGGUCUAUAGAGGAGCUGCAGAGACACCUGAAAGCAACGAGAACGCAUGCAUCUGCUGCUGCUGCUGCAGCAAGGAUUGAAGAUGCUCUCGAAGAAUGUAGUCUGCUGCAGCACAAGCUGCUGCUGCUGCUUGCUGCGCUGCAGCUCGCAGCAGCACAACCAGACCACUCAAAGCUAUUGGCCCCAGAGGAAGCAGCAAACAUACGCAGACUGCAGCAGCAGCAACAGCAGCAGCAGCAACAGCAGCAGCAGCAGCAGCAGGGAGGGCUGGCAGAAGCCCAACGGCCGACGCGCUUCUGUACCCAUACGCCUAUCAGCAGCAGCAGCAGCAGCAGCAGCAGCAGCAGCGGGAUUGCGCAGCAGCAGCAACAGCAGCAGCAGCAGCAGCAGCAGGGAGGGCUGGCAGAAGCCCAACGGCCAACGCGCUUCUGUACCCAUACGCCUAUCAGCAGCAGCAGCAGCAGCAGCAGCAGCAGCAGCGGGAUUGCUGCAGCAGCUGCAUGCGACGUGUGUAUAGUAUCUUCGUAUGAAGCAUUUGAGACUGCUGCCUCCUCCAGCAGCAGCAGCAGCAAGGGAACAGCAGCAGCAAUCGCUAGGCUCCCCUGCGCCCUGAAGGCGAUGCAGGCAAUCGGCGCUGCGCUGCGGAAUUUGGAUGGGGGGCGGCUGGAAGCAGCAGCAGCAAACUUGCACUGUCAGCUGCACAGCAGCAGCAGCAGCAGCAGCAGCAGCAGCAGCAGCAGCAGCAGCAAUAGCAGCAGCAGCAGCAGCAGCAGUUUGUUUCACUCCAGUGAUACUCUGGUGUCUAUACACCUUGCUUUUGCUGAAGUUGAAUGCUGGGCCGGGAUUGCUGCUGCGCUGCUGCAGCUGCAGCAGCCGCUGCUGGCGUGGCGUGCUGCUGCUGCUGCUGCUGCUCAUGCUGCAGCACUAGAAGCGUUCCUGCGGGCUGGUGCUUUGCCUAGCGAGCCUCUCACAGCAACCCCCAGCAGCAGCAGCAGCAGCAGCAGCAGCAGCAGCAGCAGCAGCAGCAGCAGCAGCAACAGCAGCAGCAGCAGCAGCAGCAGCGGUGCUGCGGGGCCGUCUGUAUACGACUUGCUGCUGCAGCACGUCGCAGCAUGGGGCGUAGAGAUUGAGUUUCUGCUGCUGCGGAUUCGUUUUUUCUCUCUUAAACCCCAGGAGGAUUUGCUGCUGCAGCGCAGCAGCAGCAGCAGCAGCAGUUGCUGCAGCAGCUGCUGCAGCAGCAGCUGUAGCAGCAGCAGCAGCAGCAGUAUCUCCUGUUGCUGCUGCUGCAGCAACAAAGAAGAGCUGCGGAGGGAUCUGCUGCAGUUCAGACAGAAGCAGCCGCACCAUAGAAACGCGUUGCUGCUGGAGGGUCGUUUGCUGCUGCAGCUGGGAGCAGCAGCAGCAGCAGCAGAAACUCUUGCUGCUGCAUGCAGCAGCAAUGAUCUAUGUAUAGAUACAUCCACUGACUGGGCUCAGGAAGCUGCAGCAAUUGCGGUGUAUGCGCAGCUAUACUGCCUCGACUUGCUUUACAACCAGACUACAUGUGCUUAG